CUCAAUUAAAAAUUAAAAUUCAAUUAACUGUUUUGAAUUUAUUUUGUUUUAAUAUCUUGUUCAAGUUUAAAACUAAUACAUAUUAAUUACAUAUUUCUGUAUCCUUUUUAUUUGUUGAAACAAACGUCUUUUUAUUUAUUUGUUUAAAUAAUCUGUCAUCUGAAUAGAAUCGAUUAGUCAAAAGGUCACCUUGAAAUGUCAUCUUGUGUCACCUUGGUAAAGUCUUUGCAAUCCAAUUAGGCUUUUCGUAAAACUACCAAAAUUCAAAGAUCAGUUUAGAGAAUAUAUCCAGUGGUUGAAAUAGCACAAACAAUAAAUUAUCCAGCCAAGUUCGGUUUACAGAAAGAAAGUGGUUUGUGCAAGUAAUUAGAUAGUCAAAAUAAAAAGUUCAGGAUGCCCGGUGACGAAAGUACCCAACGUUUCAUCGAGCGUGGCUCCCACAAGGGCAAAGGCAUCGCUGUUUUUACAAGUGGUGGCGAUUCUCAAGGAAUGAAUGCUGCCGUUCGUGCAGUGGUGCGCAUGGGAAUAUAUCUGGGAUGUAAGGUGUAUUUCAUUCGUGAAGGCUAUCAAGGUAUGGUCGAUGGAGGUGACAACAUCACCGAGGCUAACUGGUCUUCGGUAUCAAGUAUCAUUCAUCGUGGAGGAACAGUAAUUGGAUCUGCACGUUGUUCAGAUUUUCGAGAAAAAGCAGGUCGUUUAAAAGCUGCUCAAAACCUUAUUCAAAAAGGAAUCACGAAUUUGGUGGUUAUUGGUGGUGACGGUUCCUUAACUGGUGCUAACUUGUUCCGUAGUGAAUGGUCAGAGUUACUCGAUGAGCUUCUUAAAACUCAAAGAAUUACCGCUGAGCAAAGGAAGAAAUAUGCCUUUUUGCAUAUUGUGGGCAUGGUUGGCUCCAUUGACAAUGAUUUUUGCGGUACCGACAUGACUAUUGGAACCGAUUCGGCCUUGCAUCGGAUAAUUGAGGCCAUUGAUGCCAUUGUAAGUACAGCCUAUUCACAUCAGAGAACAUUCAUCAUGGAGGUAAUGGGACGUCACUGCGGUUACUUGCCAGUAGUAACAGGCGUCAUCUCAGAAGCUGACUAUGUAUUUUGUCCAGAAUCACCACCUCCAAACGAUUGGCCUACGAAGCUUUGCGAUAAAUUGAUACAGGAACGAAAUGCAGGACAACGAUUGAACAUUAUCAUCGUUGCCGAAGGUGCAAUCGAUCGUGAGGGCAAACCUAUUACCGCUGAAGAUGUUAAGAAAGUUGUUGUUGAUAAACUACAACAGGACACACGUAUAACAGUUCUUGGUCACGUACAGCGUGGAGGAAAUCCAAGUGCUUUUGAUCGUGUUCUAGGUUGCCGUAUGGGUGCUGAAGCUGUUAUGGCUUUGAUGGAAGCAACAGAUACCAGUGUGUCUUGUGUUGUUUCUUUGGACGGCAACCAGGCAGUUCGUGUUCCAUUGAUGGAGUGUGUUGAACGCACAAAAGCUGUUGCUAAGGCAAUGGAAGACAAGAAUUGGGAAUUAGCUGUCAAACUCCGAGGACGUUCAUUUGAAAGAAACUUGGAAACAUACAAGAUGUUGACUCGUUUGAAGCCACCAAAGGAAUCUUUUGAUGCAUCUGGAAAAGGCAUUGAAGGAUACACACUAGCGGUGAUGCAUAUUGGUGCUCCAGCGUGUGGAAUGAACGCCGCCGUUCGUUCGUUUGUACGUAAUUGCAUUUACCGCGGAGAUACGGUUCUUGGUAUUCAUGACGGAAUUGAAGGUCUUAUUGCUGGUAAUAUCAAAGAAAUGGGAUGGUCCUCGGUGACUGGUUGGGUAGGCCAAGGUGGUGCAUUCUUGGGUACUAAGCGCACUCUUCCAGAGGGAAAGUUUAAGGAGAUUGCAGCUCGUCUUAAGGAAUUCAAAAUCCAGGCCCUUCUCAUCAUUGGAGGAUUUGAAGCUUAUCAUGCAUGCGGCCAAAUUUCUGAUCAACGUCCUAACUUCCCAGAGUUCUGUAUUCCUUUGGUUGUGAUUCCAUCCACAAUUUCGAAUAAUGUUCCCGGAACAGAAUUUUCAUUAGGCUGCGAUACAGGCCUCAAUGAAAUAACUGAAAUUUGUGAUCGCAUACGUCAAUCCGCUCAAGGUACAAAACGCCGUGUAUUUGUCAUUGAAACAAUGGGAGGCUACUGUGGAUAUUUAGCAACCCUGGCUGGAUUAGCUGGUGGCGCUGAUGCUGCCUACAUUUACGAAGAAAAGUUCUCUAUUAAAGACCUGCAACAGGAUGUCUAUCACAUGGCAUCAAAAAUGGCCGAAGGUGUUCAAAGAGGUUUGAUUUUGCGAAACGAAAAGGCCUCGGACAACUAUAAUACUGACUUUAUCCACCGAUUAUACACUGAAGAAGGCAAAGGUCUCUUCUCUUGUCGUAUGAAUAUUUUGGGCCACAUGCAACAAGGUGGCUCCCCAACACCAUUCGAUCGUAAUAUGGGAACAAAAAUGGCUGCUAAAUGUGUUGACUGGUUCAUUGAUCAAUUUAAGAAAAAUACUCUACCCGAUGGCACUAUCAGGUGUGAAGGCAACGAUUCAGCAUGUUUGCUAGGAAUCGUCAGGCGUCAAUACAAAUUCACUCCGUUGGCAGAUUUAAUCACCGAAACCAAUUUCGAACAGCGUAUCCCUAAAAAGCAGUGGUGGUUGAAACUACGUCCACUUUUGCGAAUCCUUGCCAAACAUGAUUCUGCCUACGAAGAAGAGGGUAUGUAUAUUACAGUUGAAGAAGAACUGGCUGGCGAUGCCGCUGUAGUUUAAUAAGUUCAAAAUUGGGCUUUGAUAUAAUUUAUUUUAUUUUUACUAAGUAUUUUGUGUAAGACCGCAAAUGUCUCACUCACUCACCAAAAUUCAGAAAACUCACUAAGUAAAAUGUGAAUAAAAAAUAAAUAAAAUAUUAUAAAUAUACAUUAUAUCUGAAGAGAAAGAAAAGAAAAACAUUAAAUGUUAAACGCACAUAAAUAAAUUAUGAGCCAAAAUUAGUUACUGUUCAUUACAUACAAAUUAAAUUACAAAUAACUAAAAGUUAUGUAGUUUUAAGUAAACAUUAAACAAAUAUAAAACUCAGGUUUAGAAAUAUGAUCACCAGAGUUUAAACAUCCAUCGUGUGUUUGAUCUUCAUUGCUUAAUUUAUUUCAAUAUUUACCUCGAUAUUCGUUUGUUGGUUUGUCUUGUAUUAAGCUAGCGAUUUUCUGAUGAAUAUUUCACCAUUUAGACAAAAUAUACAUAUUAUUAGAAACAAACAAAUAAAUUUAAACAUUUUUUCUCA